AUGGAGUUCUUCAGAAAGCAGGCCAAACGGAGUCGAGAAGCGAUAGCCACCGACACUACCCUUCAGCGUACAGUACGGUAUGGUAACAAGGCUGUUCGUGCCGCUCCUUCGAUUGCGGGCCAAUACCUGCUUCAAAAGGCGCCCAUCAUCCAAUGGUUGCCAAAGUACAAUCCACGAUGGCUUCUCAACGACACGCUGGCCGGUAUUACUGUCGGCGUGCUCCUCAUCCCUCAGUCUCUGGCAUAUGCCAAGAUCGCGACAAUACCUGGACAAUAUGGACUCAUGUCAAGCUGGCUGCCAAACUUUCUCUACCUUGUCAUGGGAACAUCUAAAGACCUGUCCACUGGUCCGACUUCGCUUAUGGGUCUGUUGACGGCAGAAAUCAUUGCAGAUGUUACUCAAGACGGAUACUCACCACAAGCAAUCGCUUCCGCCGUUGCCAUGUCCGUCGGUAUCUACUCUAUGGCGCUAGGCUUGCUCAAGCUUGGUUUCCUACUAGAGUUUAUUUCCGUGCCCGUUUUGAGCGGCUUCAUCUCCGCCGCCGCCAUCGUCAUCAUGCUCGGCCAGAUCCCUUCGCUGUUCGGCAUCUCUGUCGGGUCUGGUACGGCCAACAUCAUCCAUGACCUCUUCGCCAAGAUACCCCAGUACGACGGUCCGACAUGCGGAGUCGGUCUUGGUGGUUUGCUGAUGCUAUAUCUCAUGCAGAAGAUGGGACAGCGCUGGGGCAAGAAGAACAAGGCUAUAUGGCUGUUGGCGCUUGGUCGCAGUGCUGUGGUACUCGUCCUCUUCGCUGGCAUAUCGUACGGAGUCAACAAGGACAUCGACCUCGAGAACGAUGACCCUGUCUGGGCACUGAGCAAAGUCAAAUCUGAUGGCAUCGCAACACCUCGGAUGCCCGACUCAGCUCUUAUCGGAAAGGUGUUUGCUAGAAGUAUUGCGCCCUUCAUUGCUGCAGCACUUGAGCACUUGGCUAUUGCCAAAGCCUUUGGCCGCAAGAAUGGAUACGUCACUGAUGCCGCACAAGAGCUGGUCUACCUUGGGUUUACCAACUUCUUCAACUCCUUCUUCUCAUCCAUGGCAGUAGGGGGCGCCAUGUCACGUACCGCUGUCAACUCAGAGUCUGGCGUCAAGUCUCCGGCAUACGGUCUGAUUGCUGGUGGCGUCGUCAUCCUUAGUAUCUUCAAGCUCUCGCCAGCACUAUACUGGAUCCCCAAAGCCACACUUGCCGCUAUCAUCGUUACAGCAGUCUGGCACAUUGUAGUUCCCCUCAAAGUGUUUUACGGAUACUGGCGAACCUCGCUGGUCGACUUCACUACCUCAAUGCUAGCCUUCUGGCUUACUCUCUUUGUCUCAUCAGAAGUCGGCAUUGGCACGGCUGUUGGGUUCAACAUUGUCUACCACCUUCUCUUCAUGGCAUUCCACCGCGUCCACCGCCUCACUUCUGUCGAGGUAACCUCUCACGGCCGCCAGUCUGGCAUGCAUGCCACCCCUCUUGAUACCCAAGUUUUCCGCAUUCACCAAUCCAUGCUUUUCUAUAAUGCUUACCACAUUAAAACUCAAUGCCUUGACGCAGUCCAGACUUUCAAUUCUGGUGAUGUGGCUACCCUCGAGGCUGCCCACGCAAACCGCAACUGGAGCGUUGCAGGAAAAGAUCGUGCCUUGCGUCUACGCACCAAAGCCGAGAUUUUGGAAGAACCUGUUCAGAUCCGUAGUGUGGUGCUGGACAUGUACGCGAUGCACAACAUAGAUACGACUGGUCUUACCCAUCUCAAGGAUCUCAAGGCAGAUAUUGAAGCGUAUGGCGGAAAGAACACACAGUUCAGACUUGUGGGCUUGAACGAUCGCGUCCGUGAGCGCUUUGCGAGGUUCGGAUGGCAACUCCGAGGCGCGACUGAGAUGAACAAGAAAGGCACGGUAGUGUAUGACACUGUUGAAGAAGCUGUCUUCCGUCGCUCUAGGACGUUUUCGUCGGAUGAGAUUGAGGUGGAACCUACUGAGGUGUUUGUCGUUGGGAAUGAGAAGAGCAAAGUGUAG